AGCCAUGCUCUCCAUUCACUAGCUUUCCAACUUUUUCUGUGUUGCAAGGCACCAGGAAUACGUGUGAUUUCCUUUGGUGGUCUUAUACAUUGAAGGCGGUCACUAAGGUGUUUUAUGGAGUUACCAAUGUAGAAAUUUUUGGCAUGAUUUGAACUGUCAAGCCAUAGACCUGCUACCUGGCGUGCAACACCCAAACAUACAGAGUGCAUAUAGUCAACAACAAAAUUGUUUACAAUGUCAAAAUACAUUAAAAGAAACAAGAUUGAUGGACCUUUGACACCCAUACAAGGUUUGUCCUGCUGAACAGCUGUUCUCGCAUGUUCUAUGUGAGAAGUUUUAUUCCUCUUAACUGGUAGUUGGUUCUCCAUACUAUAAACCCUUGCAUGCCCUCUACCAACUGAAACUACUUCACCUUGUGACAAACACCAAUUACACCCACACCAACCAUUGAACUGUGUCACAUUUUGUACAAGACAGCGAGCUACUGAGUCACAAGAGCAUGUUGUUACAAACACCCUACUGGUGUGGCUGUCAUUUUCUGUACCCCACUUAAAGCCAGUAUCUGAUAGUGUAUUCAUUUCAGUGACAAAAGGUUUGAGGAAGGUAUUCAUGUCAGGUUUAGAGUCACCAAACCAUAAGCCACCAAGAAAAAUGUUUUUCCUUCUUAUAGCAUAAAGUAACUCAUUAACUAUUACCUGCAAUGGCCAUAUUGAAUACCUUGAUGAAACAAAUACUUGAACGCCAUCUGUGUUGAAUGAAACAGUAAUGUCAUCAUUCUCGAGAGGGAGUUUACGAUAUAAUCGACCUCCAUAGGAAUCACAAAGUCCCCUUUUUGCCCCAAUUUGUAGGUGUUUACAAAUAUCUUCAUUCUGUAGCAUAGAUAACAAUUGAUCUUUAACAUCAAAUGUUAUAAAAUAAUUGCCAUUAUCUAUGCAGUCACUUACAGACACAUUUGUGUCACAAUUUUCACACCACAUAUCAUUACUUCCAAUGUAGGUUAUACAAGAAGGGCAGUAUGAGUGAAAUCUUAGAGUGAUGUCACUGUUUUUAAAGUUCUUCAUAAAAAGAUAUUGGGAAGCAGGGAAUACAGUUCCAGCUGGUAAAUGUGCCUCCAAGACUGUCAGUAGGCUCUGCAGAGCUGUUCCACUCACAUGAUUCCUUAUGAUGUGUCCCAUUAUGAGUAGAAUACUCUCUCGCCUUGUUAUUUGGCACCCAUCAUAGAGGUUCUGAUCCUGAAGAUAUAAAAUAAUAUACGGUGUGAGCAAAUCUGUAUGUACAUAUUGUUUUUUGGCCAUUCAGUCUGUCUACCAUAAUUCCUUCAAGAUUUGACUUAAAAUUUGUGAAGGGGUCAAAUCAUGCAGCGUGAUAUUAUCAUUAUACAACUGGUUCACCACUACUGCAGAAGAGGAAAUAAAUUGUUAAUUGGCCCAAAUCACCACCAGCCGAGUCUUGACAAAUCAUUAGUUUAAUUCCUACAAUGAAAUAUCCUUAAUUAUGUCACUCACAAAUUUCAAUCCAUAGACCGGGACGACCCAAUCGGAAGUCCUCAACUCAUUUUACAUUUUUGUACUCACCAAAUCAUUAAGUCUCUCAGCCAGUUCUUCAUCAUUAUAUCUUUCAUAUUGAUCGAGUUCACCAUUUUCAAGAUUCUGUAAACAAUAAUUAAUAAAUUUAUGAAUAUUAUCAGACAUCCAGGUUAAAUAUAUAGAAAUGAAAAUAAAUUAAACAGUUCACUGGAUUGUAGUUUUAAGUCCACGACGUUUCAAGCGACAACAUAAGAGCUACAACUCCUCAGGACAAAAUUCAGCAGUUUUCGAAUCACACAGACAUUACAGGACAUUCGUUUACAUUAAAAAAUGUUUCCAUACUAGACAGGGAGUCACGAUGGUUUGAAAGGGGAGUAAAAGAAGCAGUUUAUGAAAGAGCACUUUGCCCGAAACUGAAUCGGAAUGGAGGUUUAAGGUUUAAAUUAUCUAGAACAUGGGAUACAGCACUGCAACAUAAGAUAGGAUUACCCAGGACAGGUCUAUGCAAUCAAUGACGUCAUAUGGAUGACGCAACUGAAUAUUUCCAGUAUCAUACAAACUUUCACCUGAUGAAGUGAUGGAUAUCGCUUGAAACGUCGUGGAUAAAAACUAUACAAUCCAGUGAACUGUUUAAUUUAUUUUCAUUUCUAAAUAAUUAAUAAACAACUUUAGUACGGGUAUGUCUAUUUUCUAUUUGGGCUCUUAAUAUCUAUUCAAAAUGGGUUUAGCAUCUUAAGAAGCCAAUCCUCCAACUUUUUACCCUACAUGUAUCCUCUCCAAAAAUACCAAAAGUAACAAGCUGAUUUUUGUCAUAUUAACUUAUCUCUAUUUCAAGAACCAUAGGAAAAUGCAACUCACCUCAGGGGUCGAAUGACUGGUAGAAGAGAGAGACACUUCACUUUGACUUUCACCGUCUGUCGAUCCAUUGCCCUCUUCACCUGCAAUGAAAUAUUUAUUAUUACUCUUUUAUUAUUUUGAUCAGACACAAGAUAUCUAAAUACUGGGUGGGAGAAAUUGGUGAAUUUCACAAUCCAACUGACUCUGAUUAUGUUAGUGCUUACCUCUUAACACUUCAUUAUUUUUGGGAACAACUUCAUCUCCAUCUUUGACUUUAUUUUCCACAUCACGGACACGGUCGUGUUGGGGUAAGCCUAGAAGUUCAUCAUCCUGUCCAAAAGAGUACUCACUGUCGUUUGAUGUCAGAGAUGUUUGCGAUGAUACCACUGAGCCAGUCCUUUCGCUUAUACCGUCAUUGCAGUCAGACGAAAAACUUGUGUCCGUGAACAAUGAUGACUUACUACUUUCAUUAGAAAGAGAUGAUGAUGCACCAUGAUUACUAAUACAAUCACCACCGCGUCCAUCAUGGCCACAUUCAUCGGCAUUUCCUGACAUUUUAGCGAAAUCUAAAGACUCAAAACUAGAGUGGUACCUUUUCCUUUUGCUCAUUUCCUCUUCUGAUUAUCACUAUAUGAACUUCAAACUGGUUAUUUCUUCGCAGUACUUAUUGAUUAGAUACUCCUCAGUGUAGCGUGGGACAUGGGAUAGCGGCUGCCAUCUUGGAAUGCAGGACCGGAAAUGCAGAAAAUAAAUAACUCGAAUACUGAUUGAGUUUGACAAAUCAAGAUAGCUUAUAACAUUAAAAUAAUGUCCCUCAUAGAUAUUUGUAUUUUCUAUAACAAUACUAGACACUUUAUACACUGUUAUUGUAAAUAAGCACCAAUCAGGACUAAGAACCGCUGCUGGCUAUAUCCGGUUAUAACUGGUUUGACCACCACGUGUGUCAAUAGCUCAGGAAGGUAAAAGCGCGCAUUACAAAUAUUCUAAAGAAUCUUUUGAAAAGUGUGAUAAUACAGUGCCCAGUGGGAAAUCAAGUGGAUCCGAGAGAAUGGCAUCGUCUACCACAACAUGGUUACUCUUACAAUGGAUUGAAGAUCCACCACAAUGGGAUGUAAUAGAAGUGGGAAAGUGUGGUGCCGAGUUAAAGUUAAUGGCCCUUGGAAAGAAGCUUCAGUCAGCAGUCGGGAACAUCUAUGAUAUGCCUUGGAAUGGAGAGACAGCGCCAGCUAAAGUCUUGGAUUUUGGUAAAGAUAAGGCUAUGGAAGCCAAGCAUACCGAACAAGUUAAGAAUUACGAGGCUGCCAUGGAAGUUGGUAGGAAGAAUGGAAAAAGUUUGCGGUGUGCAAAUAAAAGGAUGGCUGAUGAAUUGUCAGAAAGUGAAAGCACUUCUUCAGAUGCCAAUGAGAAGAGAAAAGUCAAGAGAAAGAAGGUUAAUGAUGAAGAAAUCCUAAUUUCAACAUCAGCAAUAGAAGACACUGACAGUUCUGAAGAAAACGGUUGCCAAGGCUGCAAAAAAUUGCCAAAGCUUAAAGAAAAAUACAAGUUGGCAAAAGAAAAAAUAAACAGAUUAGAAGCUGAGAUUGAGCACUACAAGCAAGUUACAGAUGCAAGAUCUCUAGUAGACAACCUUAAAAUGCUCAUUAGGGAAAGUAAAACAAAAGAGGUUGGCCAAGCAGAGUCACAGAACCCAAAUAUAGGACUUAGGCCGAUAACUGCACCGGUAACUCCUACCUCUGCAAUUGAAAAAGAAGGAACGAAGCAAUUAGAUGUAAAUGAUGGCCUACCAGCCACCCCUGGCAGAGUCAAAGAAACCACAAAGGUUGACAUUGGACGAGGUGUGCUGGUUGAGAAAACUAGCCUGAUGGCUUUGUCAUCAGUGAAGUCGGGUUCAACAUAUGCCAGAAGACUAUUAAAGACCAUUUUUACCGAUGCAGAGCUUGUUGGGAAAAGUCUGACAGGCAGAAAAUCAAAUGCCUUUAAAGACCAGGAUCAGAAGCCUGCCCUUGACCCAACUAAAGUGGAGGCAGUUGUUGAUCUUGCAUGCCGUAAAUUUGGAUGCCCUCCAGCAACUAUAAAGAUGUCUCUUGCCAACAAGCUAAAGGAAAUAACAAAAAAGGCAGCAAACUAGCUUACAUGUACUAGUAGGAUAAAACUAAUAAAUUUCAAUACUUUCAGCAAGAA